AUGACUCUCGACACUCGCAGCCACAUGCUGCACCACCAGCAACAACUCAAGCACCGCAACGUCCAGCCCAAGACCCAACGAGUCGUCAAACGCCAGUCGGCUUCCACCAUCGACAACUCGGCCAAAUGUCUUGCAGGUGGUCUCUAUGUCAGCCCUGGCGGUGGUCAGGAGGUCCUGGUCACCAACGUCACUGACAUUCGUUGGGAUCAGUCCUGUCUCGACAACACGGUCUCCAAAAUCGACAUCUACAUCUACUCGCCCUCCAUCUCCAACCAGUAUCUCCCCAUCCACGUCUUCCAGGGCAUUCCCAAGUCGCAGCAGCUUUACGAGACCAAGCUCGACCCUCGAUGGUGGGGUCGUGAUCUCAACACCAACUCGUCCGUCCCCGUCUCGUUCAACAUUGUUCCCUCCGGCAACGAGCCUUGGGACUCGUCCAACCCCAUGGGUCCCACCUUCAACGCCAACUACGAGGUCCCCAGCCAGGGUGCUUCCAAGGCGGAAGGCUUCUUCGGAAAGCUCUCCAACUCGGUCAAGACCGCUUUCCUCGAGAACGGUCACUUGACGCCCGCCGGUAAGACCGCCGCCAUCGUCUGUCCUCUCGUCGUGUUCGCUGUCGUGUUGGGUCUCGUUAUUCGUCGUCUCCACAUCAAGCGCUUCAACAAGACCGUCGACUGGGCUGAGAACAUGGACAAGCGCAUGAGCAGGAUCUCAGUCGACUGGACUGCCGGAGGUGACGGUUCCGCGGGUGCCGUCCCGGGCACGAGGCCACACUCCUAUAUCGCCCGUCAAUCGCGCGAGAUGGAUGCCAACGGAAACUUUGCUGGUCGCGGCGCCGCCGGUGCUCGUGUACCCCGCCAGAUGGAGGACAUCAGCGCAAGCUACGCCAACGAGGCUGAGAUGCGCGAGGCCAUGCCCCGCGGUCUGUCCAUGUACGAGGAAGGCAACCGCACCUCUCGCAUCUCGUUCGCCGACACCACGCGUGGUGACCGUGUCUCGCGCAUCAGCUACGCCAACUCGAGCGAUGCACACGGCAAGGCGGCCUCGUCUACACCCCACAGGAUGGGUCAGCAGAGCAACACGCGCCGUUCGCAACUCGUCGACUCGUACUACGACCCCGAUGCGCCUGCCGUUCCUCAAGUCGAUGCUCGUUACCGUGCUAGCCAGGACACCAACCGGGCUUCGCGCUUCGCCGACGCUGCCAUCUACGCUGAGGACGACGACGAGGUGCUCAUGAGCCCUGAUCAGCACGACGGUCCUCGUCUUCUCGGUAACAACGACGUGGACCGCAUGCGACAGAGCAUCGACGCCAACGCGCGCAACUCGAUGCUGGCCUACCCUGCGCUGAGCAUGAUGUCGUCUGGUCGCGAGGGUAGCGACGGCCACGACAUGUUCGACGGUGCUCACCUCGAGCGCAAGGCGUCCAACGGCAGCCAGGAUGACUACAUGAACCACCAGCACUACCAGCACCAGCCCGCAGUGUCGGCGCAGACGGGCAUGGCACCGCCGUCCAACUUUGCAUCGCCGGACGAGGCCAUGAAGCACUACGCAUCGCUGCGUAAGGGUGCUGGCUCGGUCAUGACGGACGCGCCUUCCAUGGUGCAGAGCUCGCGAUCGCUCUACACGCCGGAUCCUCUGAACCAUCGCGGUCACAUGAGCGUCGCAGGCUCGUCGCUCAACGAGGAGGAGGUGGUGGGCUACAACGAGAUGAUUGACCACGGCAACCAGUCUCGUUAA